AAAACCCUACCGUCGGCAGUGCCUUCUUGCAUCUCGCAUUUCUCCAGAGGUGGUAAAUUGAGCUGCCUGAGCUUGAUCUCCUCAGCAAUGGCGACUGCGAAAACCGUCAAGGAUGUCUCUCCGCACGAGUUCGUCAAAUCCUAUGCCUCCCACCUCAAGCGCUCGGGGAAGAUGGAGCUGCCCGAGUGGACUGAUUUGGUAAAAACUGGUGUCCUGAAAGAGCUUGCGCCAUAUGAUCCUGAUUGGUACUACAUAAGGGCUGCUUCCAUGGCUCGAAAGAUCUACUUAAGGGGAGGACUUGGUGUUGGUGCCUUCCGAAGGAUUUACGGUGGAAGCAAGAGAAAUGGCAGCCGUCCGCCCCAUUUUGGCAAGAGCAGUGGUUCUGUGGCUCGUCACAUUCUUCAGCAGUUGCAGAAGAUGAGCAUUGUUGAGGUGGAUCCAAGAGGGUAAGUUCAGUAUUGAUUGUGUUGAGUAAUGUUCAUGUGGGAUCAUUUGCUUUUUUGUUAUCUGAAGCUUAGUUGGCAUGGAAAGUAUGUUGAAUCUUUGUAC